GAAAGAAACACGCGGAAAGCUGAUUUCAAGGUCGUGUUGUGGUCCUCUUUCAGUCUCGAAGCUGUUUUUGUUCACUUAGGCUCUGCUAUUUUCAUAUGAAUUGUGCUAGAAGUGACAUCAACUAUAUUUUAUAGAAUAUGCUCUCAUGUAGUUCGUUGGCUCGAAGUGCUGACGUUAGAUAUCUAAUAAAUUUGUGCAGAUCGUCUGCUGUGUCGUCGGAGCAAUUAUCAGCGUUUAAGCCCAAAACUGCGCUAAUAUUGGCUAAAUUAUCCAAAUACGAUUGUGAAAAGUCAAUGGAAACUUAUUUGAAUGAUGACCAAUUAAAAACGUCUAUAGAAAGAAGAGGUUUUAACCCUCGUCUUCUGAUCGCUCGGCAUGAAACACAUUAUGCGAAAUUAUUUGAAUUGAAAAAUGCUUUAAGAGACCAUGGUUUAGAAGUACAUAUUGUGGAUCGUCAUGAUUACUCAGUGGAUUCUGUUAAUUGGGCAGAUGUUGUUUUUACUGCUGGUGGUGAUGGAACAUUUCUUCUUGGUGCUAGUAAAAUUCUACAUCCUAAUAAACCAAUUAUCGGUUUUAACACUGAUCCUUCAUUCUCUCAUGGAUUUUUAUGUUUACCGAAAUGGUGUACUUCCAAUGUUCCUACAGCUAUUCAUCUUCUUUUAUCAAAACAUUUCCAAUGGCUUUGGCGUCAGCGUAUACGUGUCACCAUAACUCAUUCAAAAAAUGAUCAGUUGAUAAUGCAACCUUUGGAUAAAAAUAAACCAAUUAACCAAAGUAUUCAUGAAAUAGAAUUAUCAAAUACCCCACUGGAUUCUUCAUCAUGCCAACUAUUUCCAUCUUGUUGUCCAAGUGAAAUGAAGACAACAUUACUACCUGUAUUUGCUUUGAAUGAGGUUUUUGCUGGGGCUGCUUCAAGCGCAUGUGUCUCCGUUUAUGAUAUCUCAAUUGAUUCCGGGAAAACUAUUGAAAAACAAAAAUCAAGUGGUCUAGUCAUUUCUACUGGUACAGGUUCCACUUCAUGGUCUCAUCAAAUUAAUAAAAUAUCCAAAUCGAAUAUUAAAAAAUUAUUUGAUCUUGUUCAACAGAUAAAUCCAAUUAUUUUGUCGAAUUAUUUACUAGAUCAUGGUACAAAUACAUCUUCAUUUGGGGAUUCAAAUGUCAUUACAUUGGAUUGUUUAAUUGAAACAAUUGAGGCAUCAUAUAAUAAAUCAUUUAUUUUUAAUCCAGAAGAUUGUCAAAUGAUGUAUACAGUUAGAGAUCCAUUGAACAAUGGUGUAUUCAAAGUUACCAAACCGCGUGGGUUCGCUACAGAAUUGUACAUCCGAUCACUUAUGGAUGAAGGUCAUUUGGCAUUUGACAGUGGUAUCACAUUUCCUUUCAAAUCGGGAUCCAUUGCAAAAUUUACCGUUCUUCCUUCUGAUGCAUUAUGCUGUGUCACAUUUGAUGUUCCUUGUCCAGUGAACUAAUAUCUCAGGUAUUUUUAGUUCAGCUUUAUUGAGGGAUGAAUUCAGACCAUUGACUACCAGCGUUCGUUGU